AUGGCUGUAGCAGAACAGCGUAGAAAAGAAGACUACAAUUUAUGUGAGCGUCACUGUCUACGUGUGGCGUCUGUUUGCCCCACACCUAGUAGUAUUGAAAACUUCAACGCGAUAGGCCACAAUAAAGUGGCACAGCUUUCCAGGAUGGAUGGCUUACCGACAAUUCAACAAAUGUCAAGAUGUGAGCAUGCCGUUUUUGACUUUUCGAAAGUUCUAUUUUCGCUCGCACAUAAACCUAGCAAGGUUGUGUUUGAAAACAUCGACCCUAAAACAGGGGUGAAGGCGAGUGAGGAACCAGAUGGUGAACCUACCGAAGUGCAUAAAAAGGUUCUCAGUGGGUGGUCUGUAGACGAAGCUAUUCUGCGUCGUUGGAGUACAGCAAGGAGGGAGCGAACAGAGAUGGAAGGGCUUGGGGUGCUUCGUUCUGCAGAGGAGACGUCAAUAUUCAAGGAGGAAUUGGAGCGUCAGAAGGCAGAAGAGGCCGUGAAGGCGAGGGCGACCACCCCGAAGUGGUGA